AUGGGAGAUACGGUGUUUAUAGAUGUCUCCGCUGAGCUAUAUGAUAAUUUGGACCCUACAGAAAAUAUUGAUAAAGAAACAGUUAAGGAUGAAAUUGAAUAUGAUAGCUCCCAAGAGGGUGAGUCACUAUUACCAAAAACUUGCAAGUUUGUAUGCUCAGAGUGUGAAAGAUAUUCAGCUGAAACAGAAGAGCAGUUAACUCGACACAUUCUCAAGGUGCACAGAGGAGAAAAUCCAUUCCAAUGUUUCAUGUGCGAUUAUACCACUUCAAAUAAAGGAAACUUUGAAGAACACGUCCGCCGUCACGAAGGAAAGAAACCCUUCAAAUGCGCUUAUUGCCCGCAUCGAAAUGUGUCAAAGAAGAAUCUUAAAAAGCAUGAACUAAUCCACAGACCCGACAACCCAUUGAAAUGUCCCCACUGUGACCACAUAGCGAAACAUAAAAGAGGAUUCACGUUCCAUGCAAAGAAGUUCCAUUCCACACAAGAUGGCAUCUUAACAUGUGUUAAAUGUGACACGAAAUUCGAAGAUCAGGCAAGUUUAACAGAUCAUGUCAAUUGUCAAGUGACGUGCGACAAGUGCGAUUUUAGCGCGUGCAACACACUCAUUUUGGACGAGCACAGUCGCAGCCAUGACAGAAAGAAAGUUAAGAGAAAAAAGAAUGAAUGGACCUGUGCUAUCUGUGGUUGGCAGUCGAGCAAGCAUCCGAAGAUUUUGUUGCAUUUAAUACAUCACCCGAACCAAGAGGUACAAGGGAUAGAUAUAAGUAUAUUGCAGCGGCACGGAAUAAUGACGUAG